CAUCCAUCCAUCCAUCCUGCCGCCCAUCCCGCUCCCCGCCCGGCAACACCGGGGACGGGGCUGGCGGAGAGGGGCACCCCCGAGCAGCGGGGGCUGCUGGCCACUGCGGGGCCGCUGCUAGCCACUGCGGGGGUGCAGCUAGCCACUGCGGGGCCGGGGCGACCCCCUGCCCGCCCCGCCCGCCCCGCCCCGCGGAGGAUGGGGAGGAGACCCCGGCCGGGGACCCCGGGCAGCGCCCAGCGCGGCUGUCGCUGCUGAGAACCGCCCCCAGAGCCGAACCGAGCCCCCCGCCCAGCCCGGCCGGGCCCCCCGGACAUCGCCCCUUUGUCUGCGGAGGAGGAGAAGGCGAGGCGGGGGCGCUGCGGGAGCGGAGCCGCCGCGCCCGCACCCUCCAGAGCAGCAGGAUGGCGGAGAAGGGCAUGGAUCCCGCCUGCGUCUCCAUCGCUCUGGAGGACACGGUGUGCCACGCCAGCCCCCCGGACGCCCCGCUCCUCACCACCCACUUGAAGAAGGUGGAGAACCACAUCACGGAGGCCCAGAGGUUCUCCCACCUCCCGAAGCGCUCGGCCGUCAACAUCGAGUUCAUCGACCUGUCCUACUCCGUGCGGGAAGGAUCCUGGUGGAGGAAGAGAGGGUACAAGACUCUCCUAAAAUGCCUGUCGGGGAAGUUCUGCCAGCGGGAGCUCAUCGGGAUCAUGGGCCCCUCGGGUGCCGGGAAGUCCACCCUCAUGAACAUCCUGGCUGGCUACAGGGAGACCGGCAUGAAGGGGCAGAUCCUGGUGAACGGGCGGCCGCGGGACCUGCGCACCUUCCGCAAGAUGUCCUGCUACAUCAUGCAGGACGACAUGCUGCUGCCACACCUCACCGUGCUCGAGGCCAUGAUGGUCUCUGCUAACCUGAAGCUGAGCGAGAAGCAGGAGGUGAAGAAGGAGCUGGUGAAUGAGAUCCUGACGGCCCUGGGGCUGCUGGAGUGCUCGUACACCCGCACCAUCUCCCUGUCGGGGGGGCAGCGCAAGCGCCUGGCCAUCGCCCUGGAGCUGGUCAACAACCCCCCCGUCAUGUUCUUUGAUGAGCCCACGAGCGGCCUGGACAGUGCCUCCUGCUUCCAGGUGGUGUCCCUGAUGCGGUCCCUGGCUCAGGGCGGGCGCACCAUCAUCUGCACCAUCCACCAGCCCAGCGCCAAGCUCUUUGAGAUGUUCGACAAGCUGUACAUCCUGAGCCAGGGCCAGUGCAUCUUCAAAGGCGUCGUGACCAACCUCAUCCCCUACCUGAAGGGUCUCGGCCUCCACUGCCCCACAUACCACAACCCCGCUGACUUCAUUAUCGAGGUGGCCUCGGGAGAGUACGGGGACCUCAACCCCGUCCUGUUCCGCGCCGUCCAGAAUGGCAUGUGCACCAUGGCUGAGAAGAAGAGCAGCCCUGACAAGGCAGAUUCAUCGUGCCCAGCCCACUGUGGGACGGACGUGGAUCACAUCGAGAGCCACACGUUUGCCACCAGCACUUCAACCCAGUUCUGCAUCCUCUUCAAGAGAACCUUCAUCUGCAUCCUGAGGGACACGGUGCUGACCCACCUGAGGUUCAUGUCCCACAUCUGCAUCGGGGUCCUCAUCGGGCUGCUCUACCUGCACAUCGGCAACGACGCGGGCAAGGUCUUCAACAACACUGGCUUCCUCUUCUUCUCCAUGCUCUUCCUCAUGUUUGCUGCCCUGAUGCCCACCAUCCUCACCUUCCCCCAGGAGAUGACUGUGUUCCUGAGAGAGCACUUGAACUACUGGUACAGCCUGAAAGCCUAUUACCUGGCAAAGACCAUGGCAGAUGUGCCCUUCCAGGUGAUCUGCCCCAUUGCCUACUGCAGCAUCGUGUACUGGAUGACGGGCCAGCCCCCCGAGGCCACGCGCUUCCUGCUCUUCUCCGCCCUGGCCACCGCCACGGCCCUGGUGGCCCAGUCCCUGGGGCUCCUCAUCGGAGCUGCUUCCACCUCCCUGCAGGUGGCCACCUUUGUGGGGCCCGUCACUGCCAUCCCCGUCCUGCUCUUCUCGGGCUUCUUUGUCAGCUUCAAGACCAUCCCCACCUACCUGCAGUGGAGCUCCUACGUCUCCUAUGUCAGGUACGGCUUCGAGGGCGUCAUCCUCACCAUCUACGCCAUGGAGCGCGAGGACCUGGAGUGCCUCGAGGACUUCUGCCCUUUCCAGAAGCCCAUCAAGAUCCUGCAGGAGCUGGACGUGGAGGAGGCCAAGCUCUACCUGGACUUCCUCAUCCUGGGCAUCUUCUUCGUCAUCCUGCGGCUCCUGGCUUACCUGGUCCUCAGGUACAAAGUCAAGUCAGAGAGAUAAAGGGGCCCCCACGGCCAUUCCCGGGCCUGGCCUGCUGUGAGGGACCUCCUGCAGAUGGACACGGUGCUCCUGGCAGGCCACAGACCGUGGCGGAGGCACCAGUGGGUGCCAGCCGGGCCUGGCUCAGUCGAGAAGGGUUUUGAGACGUCUCGGAACUGUUUUAACCUUUCCACACACACUCUUCAUUGCAAAACGUUUUGUACAGCCCUGGCACGUGCCACCCUCUCCCUGUCCCGGGACUGCAGAGCCCCACGGAGGAGGUCGGGUCCCCUCUUGUCGGCCCUGGGACAUGGGGGACGCUCGUGAGGAGGUGGCUGCGUGCCCAGCAAGGCAGGGGGAGCAGCAGCACCCUGGGGCUGGAGCUGGGAGGAGACAGCAGCACAUGGAGCCCCACUCCUCGUCCUGGCUGGCACCACGUGAGUCAGUGCUGAGAAGAGCCCAAAGAUGCAAUAGGCCAAGUUGCACAAGGCUUUAGUGUUUCCUGUUGCUGCAUCUCCUUCUUCUUUCAGCACAAAUCUUCCCUCUAAUUUUUUUUUUUUUUAAUUUUUCCUUCUUCCUUUUUUUUUUUUUUUUUUCUCACAAGUCCCACUGCACCCCAGAGGGGAAAGGGAGCCAGCAGGCAGAGAAGGACUUGGGGCUCUGUCUCAGACUUCUGCUCUUGGUGCCGGGGCAGGGUCUGUGGGAGCAGGACAGUAAUCUCAGACCUUAGGGAGUCUCAUUUUCAGUCCCUGUUGUCUUUGGGGUCUGAGACAGGAGGGUCUGACCCAAAUCAACCAACGGGGAGAGAAGUGACUGGUCUCUUUGAGUGCUUGCAUGGAGCAAGGAGGAUUUAGGUUCCCACACCCUGCCAGUGCCAGGAGGCUGGAAAGCAGGGCUGGACUCGGCUAUGCUGUCACUGGAGCCUCCACUGCAGGAGAAGAGCUGGCCCUGAGCCCUUCCCUUGCAACCUCUCUUCUCCCAGCACGACUGUGGCUGUCUCAGCAGGACAGGGCAGAAGAGCCUCGCUCAGCGCUGGCUGUGCAAGGAGGGGAUGGCAGGGACACCCAGCCUUGUCACAGUGCCAGCCUCCCUCCCAGGGUGACACUGUGCAGAAGGGAGUCCCAGCAGUGCCCCCGCUGGAAACCAGGAGAGCUCUCAGAGCGGUUUGUUUGCAGUGGGUGUGACCUGGACGCUGGGAAGGGCUCUGCACCUUGUGACUGGUAUCAGGAAAACGUCCCUCUUGGCAAGUGUCUCCUCCAAGGUCGCCUGGCUCUGCACACACCUUGCAGAGGGAAGGCAGUUCAGGGCACCCUGCUGGCUCUCCAAAGGAACUGAGCUGAGCCCGGAGCUGGUGGGACAUGCUGCUGUGCUGGGAACACCACAUGCUGCUUCGCUGCCCAGCACAGGCUCCCUGUGUGCUGGCACUGGUGGCACUGGGUUGCACUGGUCACCCAUGCACAUGGGAACCCCCUGGUUUUCAGAUGGGGAAGGCGGCUCUGCCCCACCCUGGCACGCUGGCCCUGGUUCAAGGGCAGCCUGGGAGAUGCUGCUGCUGGCACUCUGAGCAGCCAGGGAUUGCAAGGGCAAGUGCCAGACUUCAGCAAAGUCCUGCAGGCUGAUCUUUGAUUUCACUGGCUCGUGUUGGGACUGCACAGCAAGGUCUGGCUGGCCUGGCACAGGUGCUGGGCACUCAGCAGAGCCGAGUGUGCCUGCAGAGAUGGCUGCGAGGGGUGUUUGGCCCCAGGGCUGUCCUGCACAGAGGGUCUGCAAGCAGGACAUACCCUGGCACCCUUUCCAUGCUGGGUAUUGGGGUCUUCCACAGGGGCUGUUGUCUUGACUUAUCACUAUCCCUCACAAAAUUCCCCUCUGGGAAUUCCUCCUGCAUCCUCCUUCACUGCCAGCCCCGUGCCACGCUCUGCAUGGAGCUGUGCCAGCUGGGGGUCUGCAGUUUCCUGGGCAUAACCACAGCCCCAGGGGCACAGUGGAGGGGGAAUGGUCCCUGUGUCUGCUCUGCCACGAGGUGGAUGGAUGGGCAGGGAGCCAGGGGGCUGGUGGGGCUGUGGGCUAUCACCCUUCUCCACCUCCCUGUCUGUGGAGCUGAUGGGACUGAUGCCCUGCUUCUGUCCUGCUCCCUGGCAUUCGGGUCCCACUUCCCGCACACUGGAGGCACUGCCGUCCCCAGCACUCUGUCCUGCUGCUUCCUGCGCCCAGAAGGUACCACCUGGACACCCCUGUGCCAUCACUGCUGCUCCCAGGAGGACCAGGACAAGAUGGGUAGUGAUGGAGUGGAGCAAAGGGGCUGCCAGCAGGCACCUGUGACUGCGACUGCCCGUGUCCCUCACACCCCCAGGGAUGCUCAACACAAGGCUUUGGGACAGUCUGGCUGAGCUCAGAAGAAGACUGCUGGGGCAGACAGCUCCUCAGGCGGCUGCUGGGACCAGCCUGUCCGGGAUGGGGUAGCUGGAGCAUCCCCAGGAUGUCCAGGAGAGCUCAGCACAGCCUGGGCCUCCUGCACGGGUGAGUCACGGUGUCCCAGCCGAGCAGGUACAGGGCCACUGCGGGACAGAGGGCCAGGACAAGCCCUGGAGCUGGAGCAUGGCUGUGUCCCUGGGCUUGGCAAGGGCACUGGGGAAUGGGGGUGAUGGGGCAGGCACCCCUCAUCCCCAGGGCAGCAGGAGGCUCGUGGAGGUGUUGAUAUGAAGGGGCUGUGAUUAGCGAGGGAUCUGGGCACCCUCAGUGCUGCCUGAGGAGUGAACUGAGCAAACUGAGCCAUGGCCCCUUCCCUCCCUGCAAGGACAAUCCCAGAGGUGGUGGAAGGCACAGGGAAAUGCAAAGGGAAGAAGCAAAGUUUGCACUGAGCCCCCAGGCUGGCGUGGCUGGGCCGAGCACCUGGGGUUUAUUGCCCCUCUGCUGCCCGGGUGGUCCCUCCCUGCAGGAGCAGGGCAAGGGGGGUUGUCUCUGUCCUGGCAUGGCAGAGGGAGGGAGUACAGCCAUCCUGCUCAAGGGGGCCCUCGGAGGAGCAGCAAGGAUGCACUUUAUUAGAGCAGGGAAGCAGCUCCAUGGGUGCUCCAGGCGGCAGGAAUCCCACGGGAGAACGCAUCCGGAUAAUCACGAGGAGUGUGAUGGAGGAGAGCAGGCUUCUCCCCCCUCACCUCCUCUCCUCUCCUGCUCCUGCCUUCCCUUAUGAUGCACUUUGAGUGGACAAGGAUGGGGUUUAGGCUGUGGCUCCAGCUCCCAAAAACUGCUUCAGCCCCUUCAGCCCCCAGGCACGGUUGCACCAGGUUCUGCCCCUCAGGGGUGCUGGGAAUGCAGGCAGGGCAGGCAGGGGGAUGCCACUCACCUCCAUGCAUGGCCAGCCCACCUUUGCCACACGCACAAGAAGAGCAAAUGCAUCAUCACCCGCCUGGGGCUUGCUGGAGGAGAGACUGGGCUAGAACAGGGAGGAGAUGGGGCUUCUCCCAGGGUUUCACCCCUCUCCCAAAUCAGGCAAUAAAACAGUGUUUCCUUCUCA